UCCCUUCACCAUGGCUGAACAGACCGAGAAGGCUUUUCUGAAGCAACCAAAAGUGUUUCUAAGCUCGAAGAAAUCUGGGAAGGGAAAGAGACCUGGAAAAGGCGGGAACCGCUUCUGGAAGUCCAUUGGUCUAGGAUUCAAGACGCCCAGAGAAGCCAUUGAAGGAACCUAUAUUGACAAGAAAUGCCCCUUUACUGGCACUGUUUCCAUCCGGGGUCGCAUCUUAGCUGGAACAUGUCACAGUGCAAAGAUGACAAGGACUAUUAUUGUUAGGCGAAAUUAUCUUCAUUUUAUAAAAAAGUAUCAGAGAUAUGAGAAGAGGCACUCAAAUAUUGCUGCUCAUAUAUCACCUUGCUUCCGUGUGAAGGAAGGAGAUCAUGUCAUUAUUGGUCAAUGCAGGCCACUCUCAAAGACAGUGAGGUUCAACGUGUUGAAAGUGAUUCCAGCUGGAUCUUCUAGUGGUGCAAAGAAAGCAUUUACUGGAAUGUGAUUCGAUGUUCACUUUUAUUGAAGAAAAUGUUACCUUGUUAAUUAGUAGGUUUGAUUUCUGGAAAAGUGACAAAUCUGAUCAGAUCAAUUUUUAAUUACUUUUGAGGCUUUGUUCUGAGUGAUGUUAGGAUUGUUAAAUAUUAUGGUCUUAAAUAUUAUUAGCUUUUUUCUUUUCUUUUUGGCUCUGCAGACUCUUCCUCCGUUCUUCAAGUAUAGAUCUAUAUAAUUAAAUUGUUCGUUGAGCAUCCACAGGAUAAGAUCA